UCAUAACUGAAGACGCCAAUGAAGGAAACUUGCAGAGUUUAUUGUUCACGCUAAGCGUUUCAAUUAAGCCUGCCUUUUGUAACAUCUCGCUCUGAGUGUUUUUCAUAAAGUCUAUAGCUGUUCAAUUUUUAUUAGUAAAAUAAUUUACGCCGCCGUACGUAUGCCUGAUAUUACUCAAGAAGGAAACAACUAAUAUGUAGUUAUUGUACAACAGACAUGGAGAAAGCUGAGAAAACAUCAAACUCCAAAGCCAAGCCAAUUGUUAAAGAAAAGCCUAAAAGGCGAAACAAAACUAGUGAUUCUGGUAGAGCUGAAAAAACCGACACGAAUGUUUCAGAGAAUGCAAAAACCAAACAAAGUGCAAGUGAAGAUCAAUCCCCAGACGCUUUAGCAACAUCUGGUGCCCUGUUUAAAUUAUGUAAUGAAUUAAAUUUAAAACCUAAUUCCAAGUUUACUUUAAAAGACGCACGAACAAUUGAUAAUCGCACACUUACUGAUGAAAAGCUAAAAUCCCCUGAGCAAAUACCUGAGUAUAUUUUUAAAACAAUAUUGAUGGCUAAUUACCAUGUGCGCAAAUUUAAAAUAACCCAAGAUAUAAGCAGAACUAAACAAAGCAAAGAUUCCGAUGACAGCGAAGAUGAGGACGAAGGAGUGAACCCAAUGGAUGCAUUGCUUUGUAUUUUUUAUUUCUCGGAUGAUUCUUUGCGGCGUUAUCUUACCUUAAAAUUAGCGACAUGUCAACUUAGUAUUCCGUUUCUUUUGCCUGAUCCAAAAGUGCCAUCUGAAAAUGUUACCAUGCUGCUGUCGUCUGUUGAGGGCAUCACGAAAUCUUGGAAAGAUUCUCCCGAGGUUUUUGUAGUAGAAUAUCCGUUUCCAGUGGUUUCUUUCGUUCGCAUUGGCAAAGUCACAACAUCGAAAUCAUCCUUGAUCAACAAAAUUAUGAGUGAUGGAGACAUUACACACGACUUCUUCUUCCACAAAGACAUGGAAGGUGGGCAUUUUGAGAGAAAAAUAGUCCAUGGAUUGGUUGAAAUGAGCUGGUAUCUUCCAGGAGAUGGUGAAAAAAAAUCAUUUGAAAGUGCAAUUUGUUUCAUGAAUUUACGAGGAGACGCUAAAGAUUUCAAGAAGCAGCGAAACAUCCUCUCGAAAAUCUCAACCGUUUUAUGUAUUUUACUACCUUCGGAGUAUCCAGACGAGACCAGUAAGAAAAUACUGGAAGAGGCGAUGGAUGACAAGGCAAAAAUCAUUCUCAUUUUUCUUGAAAAACCAGGGCAAGAAACAAAGCAGUACUUCAAACAGCUGGAGGGCGAAAAGUUAUCUUCAAUAACGAGAUCUAAGCGAGCCAAUGAACACGAAUUUGUGAAAAUUAUACAAGAAAAAGUUAUAGGAAAGCUACAAGAUGUUCAAACAACGCCUCUAAGAAACUUGGCAUCUCUUGCAAGUGAACAUUGUAUCAAUUAUAACAUCGGUCAAACACAAACCAAAUUUGAAGAAAACGUUGACAAAUGGUUGAAAAUCGGAAUAAAAGAAGCUAAAGACCAUCUGAAAUUACAAUUGCACGUCCCAGUAUUGGCGGACCUGAAAAGAGAAAAAUAUCGACCCAGAGGCCGGGGUACCAAAUCUCUUAAAGAUGAUAUGGACAAAAUAUAUAAAAAAAUUAAAGAUGAAAAAAAAAAGCAAAAGAAAUCGUUUAAAGAACUGGAUAGGCGAUUUCUUGACUUUCUUGAUUCCCUUUCAAAGAUGAAUGUGACUGAACGAGUUAAAGCGUUGACUAGGUUGAAGCAUCAGUUGAAUAAGAUGUCUCUCCGUGUCAUGGCAGAAUUGCAUGGAGAAGAUCAGAAAAAACAGGCAGCAACGUCCCAGGAAUUAAAAGAAAAACGCUUAAAACAUUCUCGAGAGAAAUCCAAAUCCUCGUUUGGUUUAGAGCACAUCAUCAGAGAACUUGCCCAGCUUUACCAACUUGGAGAAAGCAAAUACGACUUUGCGGAUGUUGCAGCAGAGAUGUUGCUUUCAGGACAAUCUCUUGAGUUAGUAGAUGGCGACUCCUCGUACAUUCCAUUGGAAUGGUUCAAAGCUGUUUAUACUAAGCUAGAGAAGAAAACUAGAAAUGCCACAAUAUUUGUAAUUUCCGUUUUAGGUAUUCAAAGUUCAGGUAAGUCAACAAUGUUAAACACAAUGUUUGGUUUAGAAUUUCCAGUCAGUGUAGGAAGGUGUACUCGCGGCGCUUUUGCUAGCCUUAUUCCUGUGAGUGAAUCCCUGAACAUUGCUUCAAAGUUUGAUUAUGUUUUAAUCGUUGACACUGAAGGUCUUUCAGGAUCUGGAGAUCCUAAGGUACGAGAACAUGACAAUGAAUUGGCAACUUUUGUUAUUGGUGUCGCCGACUUGACCAUAGUAAAUAUCAUGGGCGAGAAUCACAACGAUAUAAAAGAAUUCUUGGAGAUUUCCAUGCAUGCUUUCCUGAAGAUGAAACUUGCAAAAGAGAAAAGGACGUGUAAAAUUGUUCACCAGAACGUUGCUGCAACCGACGCAAGAGACAAGUUGACCGAUGACCGUUUAAAACUGAAGAAAGAUCUCGAUAAAAUGGCAAAACUAGCUGCUAUUCAAGAGAAUUGUGAAGAAGAAAUCCAAAAAUUGGAUGAUAUAAUAUCAUUCAAUGAAAAUGAAGACGUGUUUUAUAUACCAAGCCUACUUCAAGGUAAUCCACCAAUGGCUCCAGUAAACCCCAACUAUGGAAGAGCUGUACAAAAGUUUCGAGAGAGGGUCUGCAACCUUUGGAAUGCUAUGCUGAAGGAAAAUUUCAUUUUUAAUUUCCGUAAUGUAAUUGAAGUUAGAGCCUAUGCGGCUUUAGACCGAAAAUACUUCGAAGAAUCAGUGAAUUUGAUGGUGACAGGAAUGACAGAGCUGAAAACAAGAAUUGAAGUAGCUCUAAGCAGAUGCACAACACGAGAAGAACGGGAAGAAGAAUGGAAGGAAAGUAGAAAACAGAUAUGGAAUGAAGCAGCAAACCUUGGGAAAAAAAUGGAAACAGCUAUGAAACGCUUCUUUGAAGAAAAUGAAGAUAAAGCAACUCUUGAGCAGUGGAGGGAAAACACCAUGUUGAAAAUCAAACAAAUGGAAGAGAAUCAAAAAUUAGAAGUCACUACCUAUUGCUCAGAAGCUUUUCGUUAUUUACAAAAUCGUCAAGACGUCGAUGAAAAGAAGCAAAGCUUUGAGAAAGAGAUUCUUUACAAGGCAAAAAAAUUCAUAACUUCAGCUCAAAAUACUGAUGAUGCAGAGAAAUGCUUAGCGGCUUUCGAACAAGAAUGGGAGAAAUGGAUGGCAGACAUUCCACAUUAUCAGGAAAGCAAAACUGACGUCGCUGACGUAAUGGUAAAUGUUCUUUGCGAAACUAACCCUGCUCUGAAUACGCAAAUGACAGAGAAGAUAAAAAAGCAAAAUUAUCAAAUAUUAAACUUCAAGAAAAUAGUUCCGGUGCUCACUUCCAGUUCACUGGUUCAAAGGAGCGUCCAAACAAUGGCCAAAUUCUUUAACUUGUUUAAUAAACAACAAGAUUCGUCUGGCAGAAACAUCAAUGAUCAAGCAGUUGAUAGCGCACUUGAUUUUGCGAAAAAAAAAGCAAAAUCAGGAGUUCGAUGUACUCGCAAUGACCUUAUAGAAAUGUACCAAAAAGUUAUAAAAACCUUGGACAAAGAAGCAAAAAAAUCUAGCUUUAAAUUCGACGAUUUGUUUAAAUGUGAUAUCCUGCUUUAUGCAUUUGCACAUACUUACGACAUUUUUGAAAAAAUGGAACAACGCUAUUUGGAAGAACGAGAUAUAAAAGGCGAUCUUGAAAAGAACCUUCGACCAAGGCUAGAAACGUAUUUCAAAAAUCUCUGCGAUAAAAUGGGAAAAGAAAUGUCGGCUGCUACCUCCUUUGUGGAUGUACUUCGAACACCAAUUGAAUCAGCGCUGAACCGCGCCAUGGGUCCCGCAGUAGCAAAACAAGUCUUGAAAGUUAGCAAGUUUCAGAGCAAAGGUCAAUUUCAUGCCAGUGUAUUGAUUGAACUUGGCAAAGAGGCAAAUUUUGAAUCGUACAUUCCUUAUCUUCAAAAUCCAGUUAAAUUUCUAAGGGCGAAAUUAAUGGAAUCAAUUGAAGACUAUUGCAUAAAUGAAGAUCCUGAUGCCAUCAUCUCAGUUCUCAAAAUAGAAGUCGGCAAGUUAAAAGAAGAUGUUUCGACUGGUAUUUCAUUUGCUAAGGAAGAAACAGAGAAUCAGGGUGAAAAACUGACCUUUUGGAUCCAGCAAUUCGUGUCGAAGUGUUCUUCGUUGGUCAUCACAAAAGAAAUGUUUGCCGUGGCCGCAAUUGAUGACGAUCUGAAAGACAUUGAUGUGUUUGAAACCCAAGUUGAGGAAAAGAUAGAUGAAUUUUUUGUAUCGUUAAUCGAGCGUGGAAUAGAUGAUUCAAUUAUGGAGGAAUGGGAUCCAUCCCCGCACGAUCACUUGUUCUCUUCGAUAUUUGGUUGUCAAAGUUGUUGUCCAUUUUGCAAAGGUUUAUGCGAUCAAACCAAUCAAAAUCAUGCGGGUUAUCACUCUACAAGAAUUCAUCGCGCGCAGGGAUUGAGUGGUUAUCACAAUGUCGACACAAAAAUAUUGUGUAGUACCAUUUGCACUAACGAUGUCGCUGAUGAAAAAAGACGUUUUCGAAACAAGGAAACAGCCGGGGAAUGGCAUUAUUACAAGGAUUAUCAAUUGGUGAAUGAUUAUUAUAAAUCGUGGCAUAUUCCUGGAGAUGACUCAUUUGAGUUAUCUAAAUAUUGGCAGUGGUUCAUGGCUAACUUCUCGGAAGAAUUGGCAAAUUUCUAUGAGGUCGAAGAACCAGAAAUCCCAUCAACAUGGGAUGAUCGUACAUUCGAAGAAGUGGAACAUGAUCUUCGUCAGGAAUACAAAAUUCUCCCGGUUUCGAAAGAACCAAGUCAGCCAACAGAGUCCAGUAGUUCCUAA